AUGUCAUCAAUUGAAGUUGGCUGUACAUCGUGUGAUGGUGUUGGGGAAACAGUGGUGACACCAGAUGCUGGAAAGGUACCAACUGUUGACACGAGAUUUUUCAAUACGGGAGAUGGACAUGAAGGAGCCCCAGCACCCCAAGUGACACCGAAUGAAGAAACAGCUCAACCUAGUGCUAGCUUCAAAAACUACAUUGAUGAUGACAUUGAAGGAGAGAUGAGCACAUCAGCUGAUACAAGCAAAGCUCGAAUGGCAAGUUUUGCUGAAGCAUUCCUGAAAUCAUUGCCAUGGAGACCAGUCAAAACUGCUGGUAGGAAAAGAAAACCACAUCCUUUCGAGUCUCAUUUAGUCAACGAAUACCAAGAGCAGUCUCUAAAAGAGACGAUGUGUCGCACAUACCCGAAUCUAAAGAACCAAUUUCACAUGAAGGGGAUUGGAUACUACCCGCUUUGUAUACGCCUAUUCCUUUGUGCACUUGGUUAUUUGUUGUGUGGUCUCCCAUCUGAUUACAAUGUGGAUCCAUGGGAACUUCUUGCAACGGCUUUUUGCAAAGAUUGCUCUAGCAAGGAAAUGAAGGAUGCUUGCACUCGGGCAAUCAAAGAAUUCCUCUCCCUUCAUUCAUCAAACAACAAUAGCAUUGAAACAACCGAACUAAUGCGCACCUUCAUGCAAAAGUGCACAUUAUCAGCGAAAUGCAGACCCAAAAGCGAAUCAAAACAACCUGACCCCUUGCCUCAGUAUCUGAAUGACGUUUACAGCAAAAGUGAUCCAUUUUUCAAGUGCGUCUUUGGACAAAAACCAAAGCCUUCUAAAUGGGAUAUCAAUAUGCAGAUGUUCUUGUUUGCAAUCGAUGCGUUGUGUUCACGGAGCACAAAGAGAGAGUUCGCCAUACGUUCAGUGGCAGGUUGCUCCGACAACCAGCUCAGAAAGCUCAAACCUGGCCCCCUUCUGAGAGCUAUCCCAGAUAUUGUGCCAACCAACGUCUCUGAAAGCGCCAAAUUGUUGAUCGAAGUAAAGACAGAUGACACUCUUCCGAGAGCAAUCCAAGAUCUUGUGCCAGCAAAUGACUCUGAAAGCGGCGAACUGUUGAUUGAAACGAAGUCACCUGCCGCUCUUCUGAUAGGUAUCCAAGAUAUCGUACCAUCCAACAACUCUGAAAGUGGGGACUCGGGUAUCUCUUGGAUUGAAGAAGAAAAUGCACCUGAAGUGGCAGUGGAUCUUUCGCCGGAAGAAACCAUGCACAAGGAAGACAAACUCGUUGUGGAAAUCUUUUGCAAGAGACUCGCAAUGGACAAGAAUGAUAGGAGUUCUAUAAUAAAUGAGCUCUGCCAUCUUAUCACCAGUAAGACUUUGGAGGAAUCAAAGACAUCACAAGAACAAAUCUCAAAACUCAGUUUCAAAAAUACGAAGAAUCGAGUGAUUGAAAAGCAUUACGCCCUCUUAUCUCAGCCAGCAAAAGACUUCACUGCCUUGACGCAGUCGGCCAAGAAUAAGAAAGCCAAUCACAUGAAGAAUAUUGUUGCUUGCUUGGUGGGUUCAGAUAUUGCCCAACAACAAGCAUUGCUGAAGUUGGUUUAUAGAAAGUUCGAGGACCUUAUACUUUUGCACAAGGAAGACUUUAAGUGGACCGAAGCACAGCUAGCACUACUGUUAUCCAUUGUGGACAGUGCCAAUAUUUUGUAA